GUGGACAAGAAGAAAGAAACAGUUACAAUCUAAAUCCAAGACUCAGAUCCUCAUGACCAAUCUAAAGCAGAACCAAAACUUGUUCACUUUUUGAUCUUUGUGGUGACCAGAAAAAAUUUGUUGGAACAAAAAAAGAAAAACGUGAAAUAAUUUUGAAAACAGUGUUUUAAUAAAUAAUGCGACACAGAACGAUCUCACGCCAAGCAACGAUGACGACGAGCUCUUCCACCGAGAAUCUUCCACGUGUCCUCAUCGUCAAACGUCCCGCCGCCAUGGCUGUGUUCGGCGACAGAUUCGUGGCCUCCACCAAGUUUGAGAUCUUGAAAGCCUUCGAGUCUCCGCUUCCUCUCCCUGAAUUCUUGGCCAAUCACUCUGACUCCGUCUCCGUCGUUAUAGCCCAUGUAGCUGCUCCCGUCACAACCGAUCUGAUUCGCCUCCUCCCGAAUCUUCGCUUCGUUGGUACAACCAGCGCCGGUGUUGACCACGUCGACUUAGUUGAGUGUCGUCAUUGUGGCAUCUCCGUCGCCAACGCAGGCUCAAGCUUCUCGGAAGAUGUCGUCAUCGGAAAAAAAUAA